AUGUCUGCGCCUGAAUCCUUACACGUGGUGAACUUAGCCCCUGCACAGGUGGGAAUCUGCCCUGGGAUCCAAAAUAGUUCGCCUGAUGUAGUCAAAGUUGCAAAUCGUCUCCUUCAAAAGAACCACGACGAAUUCCAUAUCUUCUGGCGUGACUUCGCCGGCCACAAUCACACGGCGCAUAAUGUGCUGACACGACUUGCUUUGGGCGCCGACGAGACAGAUCUGGAGAACGGUUUCGUUGACAACAAAACAGAUCAGCGUCCUCGGCCACCUGUGGAUGAGCAAGUCGUUCGUGAGCUCGGCACCGAUGGUGGGUUCUACAAGCUGCUCGGGGAAGUCAACCAUUACACCAACUUCCUCGUCUUCUUCGAGCGCGAGAUAGAUCAGAAGGGCUGGCGAGAGGUCAUCCAAGAGUACUGUUUCGGCCGCACGCGUAACUCUGAUACACUUCUUGCCCGCUUGUUUGAGGGUGCUUUCCAUCCCAUCAUUCACCUUGGGUUGGGUGUCGAGUUUGAACAGCCAAGCAUAAUUGCGGAGGCUCUCUCACAAGCGGCCAGCGACCAUGCCUUUGGAGCCGACCCCUUUAUGCGGAAUGCGGAAGCCAGGGCUCUCCAGAUCCCUGACGGGACCGAGAGUCGUCUAUUGGUCGAUUUGAUCCACGAAGUGAGGAUCAAUGAGAAGACUCGUACCGCGGCACGCUGGGAUGAUUUCCAGUGGAAGAUGAAGAAUGGCGUUCUGGGUCGUGGGAUGGAAGACAUAGCGGCGCUGGCCGCCCAGUAUCGUGUAAAACCCGACACGUUAGAACGGCAGACGGCUGAGAUGAUCAGCUGCUGCUCCUAUUUCGCUGGUGCUGCUCAGAAGCCCGGCAAAGCUCGCAAGAUUGACUUUUUCUACAUGCACGAUGUCACCAGCUCCAUUUUCAACACCGUCUUCAACCGCCAGUCAUGGAUCCGUGUCGAGGACAAAGUGCGUUUGCUUGAGCACAAAGCGCGCUUUGAUUUGGUCUGGUACGCAACUUGCGGCGCGCCCGAACUUCACAUCGAAGAUAUCGAGAAUUUCACGACAGGGGCUAGUGCUGAUUGGGGUUGGGAUGAAAUGUUCCGCGUUUCUAAAGGUCUUCGCGAUGAUGGUCACGUAGCCAAGUUUGUACGGGCAGUCAAGAAUGGCGAGGAAGUUUCCAAGGAAUUUGAGGACGAAACCUUUCCUGUCAAAGGGGACAUGUGGCUCAAGCUUGCCCACAUGGCUUAUGAAACAACGGUUGGGCUUCCGGAUGACGAAAAGUGGCUCCCCUUUGUAGGCUUCGACCAGCCUUGGGGAAGGGUUCCUGAUCUCAAAGAGCACCAGGCACUCAGCGAUUGA